UGGGGGCGGGGGCGCAGUGGAUUCAAGGCUCCCGUCGGAAUGAAUGUGUAAACAGCGUUAUGCUUCUCAAAGACAUGAAUUUCUCUUUUCGGAGUGUCCACCUCUUCUUCUCAGACUCUUCACCUACCGGUUUCAGACGUUGAACACACAUUAAACAUUUCUACUGGUAAUAGUACUGCAAGACUCUUCUUAAAAAUGAAAAUCAAAAGUUAUCUCGAAUAUUGAUGUCGCAGGAAAAGCAGGUUUAAUGAGAGCGGGGGGACACGCCCUCCCCAGCCCCAUCCUCUGCCCACUAGGAUCACUGUAGUCUUAACUGGCUAGUCUUUCCUGAAUUCACUUCUGGAUUCCAAGAAUACAGUAUUUAAUGAAAAAUCCAUGCUUAAGGGGUGAAAAUGGCAGGCUUCCUAGAUAAUUUCCGUUGGCCAGAAUGUGAAUGUAUUGACUGGAGUGAAAGAAGAAACGCUGUGGCUUCUGUGGUGGCAGGUAUAUUGUUUUUUACAGGUUGGUGGAUAAUGAUUGACGCAGCCGUAGUAUAUCCUAAGCCAGAACAGUUGAACCAUGCCUUUCACACAUGUGGGGUAUUUUCCACGUUAGCUUUUUUCAUGAUAAAUGCUGUGUCCAACGCUCAGGUGAGAGGUGACAGCUACGAAAGCGGCUGUUUAGGAAGAACAGGUGCUCGAGUUUGGCUCUUCAUUGGUUUCAUGUUGAUGUUUGGGUCCCUUAUUGCUUCCAUGUGGAUUCUUUUUGGUGCAUAUGUUACCCAAAAUAUUGAUGUUUAUCCAGGACUAGCUGUGUUUUUUCAAAAUGCACUUAUAUUUUUUAGGGGCUGUCUUCUAAAGUCCCCCAAAGUGAAGCCUGUAGCCUAUGCUUUUCAGAAUGGACGUCUUUCAGUGUUACGACAGCACUCUGAUCUACAAAUUUGGAAGAACCGAAGAGCUGUGGACCUGAGAUCACUUCUUAAACCACAUUUUCAUUUUGUUAUAUUCAAUUUGUAGAUAAAUUUUUAUCUUUUAAUAUAGUUAUACAUUGCCAAAUGGAAUAGACUGUACAUUAAAUAUCUGUUUCUUUAACCUUUUAUGCUCUAAGUUUUGAAAUAGUUUUAUGAAAUUUCUGUCCUUUUUUUUAAUGACUAGGUUGUUAAUAUGUACAUAAUAUAAGACUAUAUAGAUGAGAUGAUCAGUAUCAGUCUUUUAUUCCUGAAAAUUUAAAGCUUGAUCUGUUUCCUGAGCCAGGGUUGUGUCAUCAUGUCAUCGUAGAGUUAACUAUUUUGUUUCAGUAUCUCUAAUUUCCGAAGAUGUGCAAAAAAUGUAGCUCCAAAUAUUUGAAAUAAGCACUGAGCCAUUAAAAAAGGUAUUUCAGCAAGUUGUAAUUUAUUUUGGCUUAAAAAAAUGAGAUUUUUUUAAAAGGAAAAAUAUUUGUUCCUGUGUAUUAAAGAAGUGGACUUUUAUAUGAAGAUUUUUUAAAUGCCUGAAAGAUGAGUUCGAAAGCCUGUCUUAAAAAGUUAGUUCUUACUAUGACUUCAUUUGAAAGGGGAAAAUACAUGGUCAGAUAAGCUCAGUUUUAUAUGGUUACUGUGAAAAGACUGUAAGGCAGCUCAGCCACAUGCUUCUUAUAAAAGCAGCUUAAGUGAUCUAUCUACUGGGGUUCUCUUUUGACAGCCUCUCAUUAUCCGGCAUUACAAAAUUAAACAUCAGGCAAGUUUGAGACAACUGCAGUUUAAAAGCUUGAACCAUAUAACAAAGAGUGGAAUAAUUAGUUUCAAGACAAAGCACUUCUUCCUAAAGGGAGUUAUUAUGACCGAGUGAAAAAUUAGGCGUUUCAUCCAUUAGUUACUAACUGCAAGUCUCUUUUCGCUCCGGCUCUCGAGCUCUGGGCAACUCUUCCUGUAAAAUAUAUCUUUAAUCUAAAAGUGCAUAGUCCAGUCAACUUCUUUUGCUGAGUUCAAAACACUGUAUUUGCACUGUGUAUAUUCCUAGGAGAGAUUUCAAGUGGGUAUUUGGGUCUUUAUCUCUACUGUUGCUUUCCUUUGUUAUACAGGUUUCAUGUUGCACUGUUUUCCCCCAGAGGGAUUUCAUAGAGCCUUUUGUUGCAAGACAGUAUCAGUGGUCUUGUAUGCAGCUUCUAACACGAGCCUUAUUUAGCUUAACUUCUCUCCUCGAGAGGAUUUACAGUGCACAGAGUAUGAAGCAGUCGUGGACACUGUGCCUUUGUCUAGAUGCCAUCUUGUUUAAUUACUUCUUUCUUUGUUGUUUUUUUCCCCUCAAAAUGUCAGUAAACUUUGUCUUGCUUCCAACAAAUUGUAAGACUUAUUACUUGUUUCCAUUCUCUUGUAACCUGCUGUAAUAAAUAAUUACUUCUAACACAUUC